AUGCGUGGCUCGGUGCCGAGCGUUCGUGAGAUCGAGACGCUGCUUUCACAGCUUCCGUGGCGCCAGUUCCAGUCCCCGCGUGUGCACCUGGAGCAGUACACGACACCGGUUCAUCUGGCGGCAAGAAUCGCCCACCAUGUUGCCCUAUGCAUCGACGAAGAUGAGCGGAGGUCAGUGCAGGCAGUGGACCUCGGCACCGGGACUGGAAUACUCGCUCUUGCACUGUGUCUCGCUGGACUCAACCACGUGCUCGGAGUGGACGUCGAUAGCGAGGCCCUGGAGCUGGCACGGGCCAAUGCGGCAGCGCUCUGGGAACUGUGUCCCCAGUCCGUCGGAGCAGUCUUGGAGUUUGCUGCGGUGGACGUCCAGCCCAACUCGUUGGCAUUGGCACCAAAGUCAUUCGACGUCGCUGUGCUUAAUCCGCCCUUUGGAACGCGACAACGAUCCGCCGACAUCGCCUUCCUCGAUGUAGCAUGUCACUUGAGUCGCCGAUUUGUGUACUCUCUGCACAAGUCGAGCACGCGCAGUUACUUAUCGAGGAGGCUGGAGCGUUUCGGGUGUACGGCCCAGGUGUACGCUCGCUUGCGUUUCGAUCUCCCCGCAACGUACGUGUUUCAUAGGGAACGUGCCGUGGACAUCGACGUCGACCUCUGGCAGAUAGAGGUGAAGAGGUAG